AUGACCGUGUUUGUUCCCGACCCCCGUUCGCCUUGCGAACGCAGCGCGCAAGAACGCGCCACUCGCCGCGUGUACGCCGCAGCGCGCGGACGUGUCGUGCCUAUGUACGCGUGGGACAUCCGUAUUAUAAUCGCGUUCUCGUUCGUCUUCAUUUAUUACAAUAUAUUCCUGUACAAAAUAUUCGACUACAUAUUAAAGCAUUUACUCGAUAGACUCUCGCGCGUAUUGGACGUCGAAACCGACGACAAU